AUGGACAAUGGUUUAUAUCGGGAUUGUGUUGUAGAAAAAUGUAAAUAUUGGGAUCUUGAUGUUGAAUUUGCUAAUAGUACAGAAAUGGCAGGAAGUUUGACAGAAAGUGUAACAUUAAAAACAAUAAGUAAUUCAAUAGAUCCAAUUUCUGAUCUUUUGAAAGAAAUCGAAUCAAAUAUGGAGGUAGCUGAUGAUCCACAUUUUAUUAGAUGUUUAGUAAUGGAAUAUGCAACAUUAGGUAGUCUUCGUGCAUACAUGAAUGCUAAUUAUAUAGAUGUAGAUAAAAAAGUUUUACCUUAUGUUGCACCAAAAAUUUUAUGUGGAGAAGAAUAUACUAAGGCAUCAGAUGUAUACUCUUUUGGUAUUGUAGCAUGGAAAUUAAUAACUGGUUAUCCGCCAUAUCAUAAUAUUCCACAUGAUAGUGGUCUUGCAUUACAAAUUUGUCGAGGUAAACGUCCAAAAAUUCCAUCAAAUAUACCAAAAAUAAUAACUAGAUUAAUUUAG